AGGAGGAGGGAGACCGCCCCGGCUGGCCUGGGUUUCAGCCCCCCUGCGCACUCCCGUAAUGACUGGAUCGGCCCCCCCGACAAGCACUCUAACCUGCGGCCGGUCAUCUUCUACGUGCCCCCCAAGGAGUCGCCCCUGGAGCGGCGGCUGCGGGAGGAAAAAGAAGAAUUUAUUUAUUCAAGACUGAAAGCCAAGGGUCUGGAAAUAAGAGAUGAAGCAGGUCAAAAAGCAACACUGAAUGCAGAAGAAAUGGCUGACUUUUACAAGGACUUUCUAAGUAAAAAUUUUAGAAAGCAUAUGCAGUAUAACAGAGACUGGUAUAAACGUAACUUUACUAUCACAUUCCUCAUGGGACAAGUAGCACUGGCAAGAGCUCUGAGGUGGCUUCGUUGGAAAAAGAAAAAUGUUGGAAAUUAG